AUGCAACUGUAAGAAAUUCCGUACAACGCAUAUACGACUUGAUCAUUCUUUUACGAUAAUAUAUCUUACCGUCAGGUGUUUGAAGAUAUCACCGAUCGAAAAAUACCGUUUGUCGAGAUUAAAAACGAGCACACCGAAGAAAACAGAGGUGUCAAGAAUCAAGAAGAGGAAAUUUUAUCCUGACGUAUAUCUUUAACAUUUCUCAUUCUAAUGGCAUUGACAGGACCCGACUUGCCGAAAAUACCGCAACCUUUGAAAAAUAUUCAGCAAUAUUUAACGGUUGCUGCUAAACAUGGUCAGCGAGACAACGUCGUUAGUUAUUGGUGUCGUCUUUAUGCUCUUCAAACUGGGCUAAAAUUAUCAACAAAGACAGCGGAAGAAACAAGUUUCCUGUUGAAGUUGAUGGACUGGUUGGAGGGAACAAAAAAGAAACUACAUGACAAUGAAGCUAUCACUAAUGAAGUAGCUGCUCAAGCGCACUUAGAGAACUGGGCCUUAAAGCUUUUCUUAUAUGCUGAUAAAAAUGACAGAGCAUCCAAUUUUACCAAAAAUGUAGUACAAAGCUUUUACACUGCUCAGGUGUUAUACGAUGUGUUAACACUAUUUGGAGACCUGAGUGUAGAAGCAUCGCAAAAUCGAAAGUAUGCGCAGUGGAAAGCAGCCUAUAUUCACAACUGUUUAGCAAAUGGAGAAAUUCCGGUACCAGGGCCAAUGAAAGAGAAUGAUGAGGAAGAUGAACCAGUUGAAGCACCAAAUGAUGAUCAAGACGCUGCUUCUGAAACUACUAAUGAUACCCCACAAAACAUUCCAUCUAUACCUACAAAUGUACCAGCUGCAGGAAUCCAAUCGUUUGAUUCUGAAGAUAGUACUGUAUACAAGACAGAAGGUGGUGCCAAUUUGUCAGUAGAACAAAUUGGUAAGGCUCAAAAGUUCAUCAAAUGGGCAAGUAGUGCACUGGAUUACGACGAUAUACCUACAUCCAUAAUGAAUCUUCAGAAAGCCUUACAUCUCUUGAGUACGGGUGAAGAGCUAGCGUAGACAAAGAAAAUUGAUAGAUAACACACACGGUAAUAGCUUAUAUACAUUUAUUCUUGCUAAACUCGUCGCCUAUUUCACGUAACUGCCAGUAAGAAGUCAUUUUUGAUAGACGUUUGUGACUUUUUGCUACUAUUGGAUACAGUAGAAGUAAGUUUACAAUAGCUAGUCAAAUCAACCUCAAACACAGUGCACUUAAUUAAGACGAAAAUUGUUACAAACUAUAUCUAUAGCUUUUAAUUGUUGCUGUUAAUUAAAAAUGCAAUAGGCGAUAUUUUAUCGUUUCCUCCUUUAUUGAGAGUUUUAAUACCGCCGUAACGUUAUUUAAUAUCGACGAGUUCUGUUGUCACAAUAUGUACAUCUAAUGUCUCUUGUACAUAAUAUAUAUUUUUUAUAUAUAUUAAAUGCUAGAGAAGAUGAAUACAUGAUAAGUGCACAAUAUAAGGGCAAAACGAUAACAAAAAUAUACAAGUGUAUCAAA